AUGUCCAUCAGUAUGGACCUCAAUCGUUACUCAACUCCAAUAAAAAAAGAAUUUAUGGAUUCAGAUGAUGAAAGUAUAGAUGAGAGCCAACCUAUGAUUAAAAAAGAGUAUCAAAACCAUUCAGUUGACGAUUUGCUCCAUGCCAUUGACAAGAAUAUAUCAUCAACCUCAUUUCACAAUGAGAACAGCUUUUUAAACACAUCCAAUACCAAUUCUAAUUCUUUUAACAGUGAAGCUUCUAAUGAUCCAAGUCCCAUAAAACCAUUGAACUGGAAACAGCAACAGCAAGAAAACCAUCAAAGUUUGAAUAAUCUUCUUGGUGAAUUACCAAAUUUAAAGACUCCAUUGAAAGAAAAUGUUAUGCAAGAUAUUCCAAGAGCACCAUCAUUUGAUGAAUUAGAGUUCAAUACUAAAGUGAACAGAACUUCCUCAUUAUCUAGACUAAGUGGACCAAGGCAACUAUCAUCAUCAUCCAUAUGCAGAACAUUUUCAAACAAGUUACCAAAUUCUCACAGUAACAAAUCUCUGGGAGGCCCCUCCACAAGAGAUAAUUCACCAUCCAAAAAAUCGGUCUGUUUUGAAAAUUCACCACCAAAGAUAAUGGAAUAUGAUGAGUUAACGCCUGAACAUUCGGAUGAAUCUUUUGAUGAAGAUCGGAAAGACACCAACCCAUUUGAGUCCAACUGGAAUGCUAAUGUCAAACCUUCAUUACACGCAUUACCUCCAUUACCACCAAAACAUACCAUUAGCAGCUCAAUCUCAUCACCAACUAAAGAAACUUCGAUCGGUUCCGUUGAUGGCUCAUUUGAAGAUGAAUUAACACAUGAAGAACUUCAAAAGGAUAAAAGCUCAUUAACUUUGGAAAAACGUUUGGAUUUGGUCCUUGGCUCUAACGAGGUCUCUGAAAGAGUCCAAAAUGAUGAAAUGACUAAAGGUUCAAGCAGUCCUCAAAGGUCAUUGACUAAGAAAGAAGAAGAUUUGAUUUAUAAUAUCAAGAGUAAAGAGGAAAUUGAACGUGAACAAUCAUUAAGAGAUGCUGCUGAUUUGUUUGAAGUUGACUUGCGCAAUAAUGAUAAAGAAUCAAAUGAUUUGAGCUUAGCUCCACAAUUGAAAAGAAGGGGUUCAAACAACUCUUUAAGAGAUGAGGAAAGAGAAUUGCAAACAAUUGUGGUUCAAAACACUUCUGCCCCAAUAGUUUUGGAAGAUGGAAUGAAAAAUGUUGAUGUUGCUUCGUUGAACCGCUCAACUGAUGAUCUUCUAAGCUUGCAAUCCGCUUUCACAAAUAAUGAUACAGAAUCUUUUGCAUCAGCUACGGAAAUUUAUGACAAUGAAUCUGAGGAUAAUGAUGAACCUGUUGAUACUGCUGAACAAUCAAUAAUGAGAAUGCUGAGUGAAAAUAGUGCAAAUACUAAUAAUGGAUUUCAAUCUUCAACUUCAAUUUCAACUCUACGAAAUGGUUCCUCUUCAGACUCCCCCGUCAAAACCCAUAAAAAGAAAUUGUCCCUGAGUGAUUCAAUCAAUAAUGGGUUGUCGUAUAUUUCAUCAUUUGGCAAAAAUAUGAAAGACGCUAUUCACAAAAGAACCGACAGUGGCUCAGAGAUUAAACAAGAAGAUCCACAAUCAAGUUUUAGUGAUUAUGGUGAUGGUAAUGAAGAAGCUCCAAGUGAAGCACCAUUGGAAGCACACCCUGUUCCUGUUGUUGAGAUAAUCGAUACCCAUGAUGUUCAGUCAUAUGCUUCGUCAGUUACUGAACAUGAUUAUGAAACACCAAGAAAUUCAGUUGAACCUUCUGAAUCAUUGCCAUUGUUGGAUCAUCAAACGGCAGAACCGUCACCUUCAUUCACACCAGAUGAAUCACAAGAUAAUGAAUCAGCUAUUGAUAUGUUGGAUUUGCAACCACCCUUGAAGCUAACUAAUGAAACUGAUGAAGCUGACGGCUCAUUUAGUGAUGAAUUCAAAGAAACUCCAUUGUUCAAUACUUCGGAUACUUCUGAUAGUAAAAAUGUUUUACCAUUUGGAAUUCAUAUUAAACAAGAAACACAAGUUGAUGAUGAAGUUGAUAAUGAAAUACCUACUGGUGAGCUUGAUGAAGUAAGCUUGAACCAAAUUGAAACGUCAUUGAGUGAAAAUUCAUCUGAAAUUCUCAAGUUUGAGUCUGAACCUGAACCUGAAAUGGCUUCAUCAUUCAAGCAAGAGUUCAAGGAAGAAGAGGAAGACGUCAAACCAGAGAUCCCAGUCAUCAAGCAUGAAUUGCCUUCAUUCAAUAGCACACUAUUUCAUGAUAAAGAACCAUUAGAUGAUGACGAUGUUUUAGAAUUACAGACACCACCAACAGACUACAUUUCAAUAUGGCAUAGUCAGCCAAAAUCUUGCUCACCAAAACCUCAAUAUAGCGUAUCACAAAGAAAAGUUUCCCCCCCUGAAAAAGUUUUGAAAUUGUUGAAUAGAAGAAUAAGUUCAAGUGGUGACAGUGACGGUGAAGCAAGCAAAAGAAAUUCUGUCUUGAGUAUUGGUUCCUCAUCAAUUGACCUUUCCAGACGCAAUUCAUUGAUUACAACUUCUGUUUCCAAACCAUCGUACAUUAGAGUUGGUUCAAGAAAUUCAUUUUUACAUGAUUUGAGCAAAGAUCACAAUGAUUCGUCUUUCAUCAAUAGGUCGUUGAAAGGACCAGAUGUCUCAGUUGUUGAUUCAUCCAAUGUUUUAGCCAAUUCUUCCGAUAUUGUUUUGCCAGAACUUACAAACUCAUCAGAUUUUGCUAAUGCUUUUAAAGAAUGGGAAGUUGAGAAACAGCUUGAUAAUAAUAAUAUUUUAAAAGAUCUUGAACAAGACACUGAGCAAUUGAGUGCUGCUAAGAAAUUGAAAGAUACUACAAACCAUCAAGAUAUUAAAAAUAUAUGGCAAAAUGGUUCAAAUGAUCCAACUCCAACUCCUCCUCCAGCUGCAACCGGUGAACAAAAGAGCCGUACUCCAUCUAUUGACACUGGUAAAAUUAAGAACUUCAUUGCACAAAAUGGUGUUCAAGGAGAAUUUGCUAAUGUCAAAUCAUCAGAAGCUGUUGGUAGAGUUAUCGUUAGUAAUAAUGAGGAUCACAGUAUUGAGCUAGAAUAUGACCAAGACUCACGUUAUAACUCUUUGAAUAAUUCUAAGAUUGAACCAGCCGAUAAAUUUGUUGAUGCUGAGGAACAUCAGGCUGUUCUCCCUGUUAUCCAACAAGAACCUGAACCACAACCAGAAGAAGAACCAAGACACAAAAGGUUUAUAUCUGGAUCAUCAACCAAUUUGGAUAAUCUGUAUGAUUUAAAUGAAGAGUUUGAUAAAGCACUACAAAUCAAAGAACAUGGAUAUGCUACAAGAGAGCCUAAACAGGUCAUCAUUGCCAAAAGUCAAACAAAUAAUAAAGACAAUGAUAUGCUUGAUCCGGUUGAGUUAGCUAAGCCUUUGGUUCCAGAAGCUGAUAAUAUUAACUAUGUUAAACAAAGAGAACAAAAGGUGAAAUCCAAAUAUGGUGAUAGAGUUCCAAGUGCUAGAGUGAGAGCACCUCUGAGUAAUGUUGGUGAUUCCAACCUAAAUGCACAAAGUAACAAACCUAAAUCCAGAGUACCAAGUGCUAAUACAAGAGUUAUCAGUGAUGAAUAUAAACCAGGUGAGCUUUUGAUGAAAAAAAGAGAACCACAUGUUACCAAAAGAGUAUCUGUUGCUCCUAAUGAGAACGUUGAUUUGCCAAAAAGUGAUCUUGGUAGAUUAUAUAUUCAUAUCAACACUUUGGAUGAUGUAUUGUUGGAUCAAAUCAAGUAUCAUAAAGCAAGUUUCAAAUUAUAUUUGGAUAAUGGGAAGCAUGUGAUAUCAACACCAAAAGCAACGUUAGACAAUAAUCAAAAGAUUGACAAAGAAUUUGAAGUUGCUAUUGAAGAGGACUCUACGGAUUUAUUUUUCACUUUAAAAGUUAGCUAUCAUACCCCUGAUCAAGAAUUAGUUGAAGUUGUUGAAAAAACACCAAUUAAAUCAAAUAGAUUGAGUCGUUUACUUGGAUUUAAACAAAAAUUCAAGUAUGAAAAAAAAUUCAUAACUCAAAAGAAAACUAAAGAUGAUUGGGACAAUAAAUUUGCUAAUGAUGGUAGUUUUGGUAAAAACAAAAUAAGUUUCAGUGCACAAGAUAAUGAUGUUUCAGGUAAAUGCCAAAGUUAUAUUGUUGAGCUAUUCAAUGAAUGGGAGGUUGUGAAGCAAAGUGACAAGAUUUACAAGAAACCUGCUCAUCUGGUUGGAAAAUUGAAUGUUGAUAUGUUAUUUUUACCAAGAACUUCGCCUUUGGAAACUUUACCACCUUCAAUAAAGAUAGGUUACAAGAUUGCAGAUCAUUUGGUGGAACAAUCCAAAAUAAAUUAUGAAGGCUAUUUAUUCCAAGAAGGUGGUGAUUGUGAUUUGUGGAAACGUCGUUUCUUCAAAAUUGAAGGUACUAAGCUGAUUGCACAUCAAGAAACUUCAAAAAAACCAAGAGCACAAAUCAAUUUGCUGAAGGUUGUUGAUAUUAUACAUGAUGGGAAGAAAACAAAUAGUCAAAGAAACUUUACAGAUGAGAUUUUAAUGAGUGAUUGUUUUAAACUGAAAUUUUUAAAUGGUGAAAUAAUAAAUUUCAAUGCGGAAACAAAAGAAUUAAAAGAUGAAUGGAUUCAAAAUUUGGAAAAAGUUGUGGAAUUGAAUAAAUUCCAUCAACCAUGGGUCAAAUUGUUGACUCAAAAUAUGUAA